UUCCGGCCCGGGAGCGCGCGGGUUGAUUCGUCCUUCCUCAGCCGCGGUUGCUCGCAGCUCGGAAAUGGCGGGAUUUGGUGCUAUGGAGAAAUUUUUGGUAGAAUACAAGAGUGCAGUAGAGAAGAAACUGGCAGAGUACAAAUGUAACACCAACACAGCAAUUGAACUAAAAUUAGUUCGUUUUCCUGAAGAUCUGGAGAAUGACAUUAGAACUUUCUUUCCUGAAUAUACCCAUCAACUAUUUGGGGAUGAUCAAGGAAACUUUGAAGGAAAAUUUGAGGCACUGGACCUUGCAGAAUUUGCUAAAAAGCAGCCAUGGUGGCACAAGCUAUUUGGGCAAGAAUCUGGACCCUCUGCUGAAAAGUAUAGUGUGGCAAUCCAGCUGUUAAUUGGAGGUGUCACAGGAUGGUGUACUGGUUUCAUGUUCCAGAAGGCAGAUGAUGUGGAGGGCAAAAUCAGACAAAUCAUUCCACCUGGAUUUUGCACAAACACCAAUGACUUUCUUUCUUUGUUGGAAAAAGAAGUUGAUUUCAAGCCGUUUGGAACGCUACUCCAUACAUACUCAGUUCUCAGUCCAACAGGAGAAAAUUUUACUUUUCAGAUAUACAAGGCUGACAUGACAUGUAGAGGCUUUCGAGAAUAUCAUGAAAGGCUUCAGACCUUUUUGAUGUGGUUUAUUGAAACUGCUAGCUUUAUUGACGUGGAUGAUGAAAGAUGGCACUACUUUCUAGUAUUUGAGAAGUAUAAUAAGGAUGGAGCUACGCUCUUUGCAACCGUAGGCUACAUGACAGUCUAUAAUUACUAUGUGUACCCAGACAAAACCCGGCCACGUGUAAGCCAGAUGCUGAUACUGACUCCAUUUCAAGGUCAGGGCCAUGGUGCACAACUUCUUGAAACAGUUCAUAGAUACUACAUUGCAUCUCCUUCAGUUCUUGAUAUUACAGCUGAAGACCCAUCUAAAAGUUAUGUGAAAUUAAGAGAUUUUGUGCUUGUGAAGCUUUGUCAAGAUUUGCCUUGUUUUUCUCGGGAAAAAUUAAUGCAAGGAUUCAAUGAAGAUAUGGCAAUAGAAGCACAGCAGAAAUUCAAAAUAAAUAAGCAACAUUCUAGACGGGUUUAUGAAAUUCUUCGACUUCUGGUGACUGAUAUGAGUGAUGCUGAGCAAUACAGAAGCUACAGGCUGGAUAUUAAGAGAAGACUGGUCAGCCCUUAUAAGAAAAAGCAGAGAGAUCUUGCUAAGAUGAGAAAAUGUCUCAGGCCAGAAGAAUUGACAAACCAGAUGAACCAAAUAGAAAUAAGCAUGCAACAUGAACAGCUGGAAGAAAGCUUUCAGGAAUUAGUGGAAGAUUACCGGCGUGUUAUUGAACGGCUGGCUCAAGAGUAAGAUUAUUCUGUACAGGAAACUCCCAAAUUUCUGUACAUUGUGCUGUGAAAAACCUGAUGAUAACUCAUGUUAACAUCCUGUAAUGUUUUACUUACAUUAAAAGUUACCUAUGUUAUCGUUAGUUGAAUAUUUUCUUUUGGAGAGAUUGUAUAUUUUAAAAUACUGUCUAGAAAGUUUAUGAACAUAUAUUGCAUUAAAAAUAUAGCUUCUAAAAUACUACUGUUCUUGCUUUUCUUCUUAAACAAUAUAAUAAAUGCUUAGUUGCG